CCAACCACAACAAAUUUUAAUACAUUUCUAUUUCUUUCUAGAUGAUGAUGAAAUGAAGGAAUUAUUUAACUUCAAAGCUUAAUCAUGGGUUGUCUAUGCGACAAAAAUAUGAAGUCUAAGGAUUUGUUGACAGAUUCAAAUAAAGGAUAUUCAUGGGAAAAACGAGAACAAAACAUUGAUCCUAAUGAUUUCACCUUGGAAGCCACUGAGAACUCAGACAUCUGGAAAGUCCCAGGGUCUAUUAAUGGUCAACAAUAUGUAGUCAGAAACUGUAGAAAAUCUUGCAUUUACCUCUUAGACAAUAUCAACACUUUGACAAUAGAUGACUGUAAUGACUGUAAAUUUAUCGUUGGACCAGUCACAGGAAGCGUGUUCCUAAGGGACUGCAGGGAUUGUUCAUGUGUGGUUGCCUGUGGACAGUUCCGUUUAAGGGAUUGUCAUAAUGUCAACGUGUUUCUAUGUUGUCCGACCCAACCGAUUAUUGAGUCUUCACGUCGAAUACAUUUUGGAUGCUACCAGUUGUACUACGAUCAGCUAGAAGACCAGUUUCGAUCAGCUGGCCUGAGUGUGUUUAACAACAUCUGGAGCAGUGUUCACGACUUUACACCUUCACACACGGACAUCAACUGGUGUCUAUUACCUGCUACCAUGACUGUACAAGACUAUUUCCAGCCUUCCAAUCAUCCGUUAAACCUGUCUCUAGAAAGAACAUGGAGUGUUGUUCCAAUGACCACAGGAGUUUUUCCGGAACCUGAUGAAGACUUGGAGGUUUGCUUGGUAGCGUUCUUUCACACAAACAAUGAAGAAGCCUUAGCCAAAUCUUUCAUCCGACAGCUCCUUGAAGACAGGCCAUCUUGUUGGUUGGUGAGUUGCAGACAGUUGACUCUGGAAGGUAGAGAUGCCGAGGUUGUGUUUGGAAGUUCAUCCUACAACAAGGAGGCUGAGGCUGGACCUCUGGUAGGUCUGGUGUUGGCAGGACCACGGGUCAUAUACUUCUGUCAGAAGACGGCAGAGAAAGUCGUUCCUGCCAAGGAUCAAGUGUAUGUGAGCUCGAACCCGCGAACGUCUCCCAUACAAGCAGAAACAUUCACCAGCGUUGCAGCCAUGCUAUUGUAUUCGUAAACACUGCCUUAGGAUUAUGUGUUGGAUACAUAACUAGCCUUGAUUCAAAGACAUGUAUCUGACAAAGAACGUUUUUAGAAUGAGUUUAAAACUUGUUAAUCAAAUAUAAAUCUAUAGUGUUUGUUUUAUUUCAAAACAAAAAGGCA